GGAGGUAGCUGUCGCCGCCUGGCCACGGCGGCUCACUUCCACACCGACGAUCCAAACGGGCCGAGGCAUCCCCGCCUCCCCUGGAGCCGCCUGGGCCGGGGAUGGGGAACACUGAGAGCGGGGAGCCGGGCGGGGGCCCCGGGAUGUUGCCGCCCCCGCCGGGAAGAGUUCCCAUGCCGGAUCAGGGAGAGCUGGAAGAGCGAUUCGCGAUGGUGCUGAGCUCCAUGAAUCUCCCUCCUGACAAGGCCCGUCUUCUGAGGCAAUAUGACAAUGAAAAGAAAUGGGAUCUAAUUUGUGACCAGGAAAGGUUUCAAGUGAAGAAUCCACCCCAUACAUAUAUACAGAAAUUGAAGAGCUUCCUCGAUCCAGGUGUUACCCGAAAGAAGUUCCGUCGGAGGGUGCAGGAAUCCACCAAAGUGCUGAGGGAGUUGGAGAUCUCUUUAAGGACCAAUCACAUUGGAUGGGUGCGUGAAUUUCUCAAUGACGAAAACAAAGGCCUGGAUGUGCUGGUGGACUACCUCUCGUUCGCUCAAUGUGCAGUGAUGUUUGAUUUUGAGGGUCUGGAAAAUAGCGAGGAUGGAGCGCUAGAGAAGCUGAAAUCUUGGAGCAGGUCCAUAGAGGAUCUGCAGCACCCCAGCACCCUGUCUGCACCCUACGCCAACAGUCUUGCUCGCUCUGCGCGCCAGUCUGCUCUCCGAUACACCACCCUUCCCAGCAGAAAAGCUCUGAAGAACUCAAGGCUGGUGAGCCAAAAAGAUGACGUCCACGUGUGCAUCUUGUGUUUACGAGCCAUCAUGAAUUAUCAGUAUGGAUUCAAUUUGGUCAUGUCACAUCCUCACGCUGUUAAUGAGAUUGCUCUCAGUUUGAACAAUAAAAACCCCAGGACAAAAGCCCUGGUAUUAGAACUGCUGGCAGCUGUGUGUCUUGUGCGAGGCGGCCAUGAGAUCAUUUUGGCUGCCUUUGAGAACUUCAAGGAGGUAUGCAAAGAGCAGCAUCGCUUUGAGAAACUGAUGGAAUAUUUCCGUAAUGAGGAUAGCAAUAUUGACUUCAUGGUAGCCUGUAUGCAAUUCAUCAACAUUGUAGUCCAUUCAGUAGAGGACAUGAACUUCCGAGUGCACUUACAAUACGAGUUCACCAAGCUGGGUUUGGAAGAGUUCUUACAGCAGAAGUCAAGACACACAGAAAGUGAAAAACUGCAAGUGCAAAUUCAGGCCUACCUGGACAAUGUGUUUGAUGUAGGUGGGUUGCUAGAAGAUGCUGAGACCAAGAAUGUGGCUUUGGAGAAAGUAGAAGAACUGGAAGAGCACUUAUCGCAUUUGACAGAAAAGCUGCUGGAUCUGGAGAAUGAGAACAUAAUGCGGGUAGCUGAGUUGGAGAAACAACUGUUACAGCGGGAAAAGGAAUUGGAGAUUGUCAAGGAGACGUACGAAAGUGCCAGCCACCAAGUUCAUACAUUGCGCAGAAUUAUCAAGGAGAAGGAGGAAGCCUUCCGGCAUCACUAUACUUCACAUCCAAUGGGGAGUGACCACUUGCCGCUGCCACCACCUCCAGAGACAGAGAUAAAUUUCUGCGACAUCUCUGAGGAUGAACUCUGCCUGCCUGUCCUGCCUCCUGUGGAGGCUGCCCCUCCUCCGCCACCUCCUCCACCACCUCUUCCGCCACCUCCUCCUCCAUUACCAGAUAAGUGUCCACCAGCUCCACCUCUUCCUGGCACAUCCCCUUCGGUGAUUCUCACAAUGGGCUUAUCAGCAAUCCGGAUUAAGAAACCCAUCAAGACCAAGUUCCGCUUGCCAGUUUUUAACUGGACAGCAUUGAAGCCCAACCAGAUCAGUGGGACGGUCUUCAGUGAACUGGACGAUGAAAAGAUCUUGGAGGAUCUUGAUCUGGACAAGUUUGAGGAGCUCUUUAAGACUAAAGCACAGGGUCCUGCCAUCGAUCUCCUUUGCUCUAAAAACAAGGCAUCGCACAAAUUGGUCAACAAAGUGACCCUGCUGGAGGCCAACCGAGCGAAGAACCUGGCCAUCACGUUGCGUAAGGCAGGCAGGACCACGGAGGAGAUCUGCAAAGCCAUCUACACGUUUGACCUGAAGACCUUACCAGUGGACUUUGUGGAGUGCCUGAUGCGCUUUCUGCCAACGGAGAAUGAGGUCAAGCUACUGCGCCAGUAUGAGAAGGAGAGGAAGCCGGUGGAGGAAUUGUCAGAUGAGGACCGCUUCAUGCUGCACUUCAGCAAAGUCGAACGUCUGACCCAGCGCAUGUCCAUUAUGGCAUUCCUGGGCAACUUCAGUGAAAACAUCCAGAUGCUCAUGCCGCAACUCAGUGCCAUUAUCGCUGCCUCAGCGUCCGUCAAAUCGUCACAGAAACUCAAGCGAAUGCUAGAGAUCAUCCUGGCCCUUGGCAACUACAUGAACAGCAGCAAGCGUGGCUCGGUUUAUGGCUUCAAGCUGCAGAGUCUGGACUUGCUGUUGGACACCAAGUCAACUGACCGGAAGCUGACUCUUCUACAUUUCAUUGCCAUGAUGGUGAAGGAGAAAUAUCCUGAGCUGAGCACCUUCUGGCAGGAACUGCACUUUGUGGAAAAAGCAGCAGCAGUGUCCCUGGAGAAUGUGCUGCUGGACGUGAAGGAACUGGGGCGUGGAAUGGACCUGAUUCGGCGGGAGUGCAGUUUGCAUGAACACAGUAUCCUGCGUAACUUCUUGAUCGCCAAUGAGGGGAAGUUGGACCGACUCCAGAAAGAUGCUAAGACAGCGGAGGAAGCCUACAACACGGUCGUGCGCUAUUUUGGCGAGAGCCCCAAGACGACACCGCCCUCGGUUUUCUUUCCAGUCUUUGCACGUUUUAUCAGAGCCUACAAGGAUGCAGAGCAAGAGAAUGAACUGCGCAAGAAGCAGGAACAGGCCCAAAGGGAACAGGCAUUGGCCCAAGAAGCUAAGAGGCUAGAGAAGCGCAACAAAUGGCAGCAGCAAGAGUUAAUUGCUGAGCUGAGGCGACGCCAAGCCAAGGACCACCGGCCUGUUUAUGAAGGCAAAGAUGGGACCAUUGAGGAUAUCAUUACAGAUUCUUACAUGCCCUGCCUUUCCAACUGGCGAAUGCUGCACUCCGGUGGGCCCGACCUUGUUCUUUUUUGCCAAAGAAGCAACUUCCGUUCUUUCAAAGACUUUCAACUGAAGGAUCCAAGGGACAUUUAAAAAGUGCCUUCCCGCAACAGUAUUAUUCUUACUCUUUUAUAAUUUAAGAUGUAUUUUUUUAAUCUGUACAUAACAUGUUCCUUCCUACCGGUCCCUUGCUCCUGCAGCCCAUCAGUAAGUCAACUUGGACAGAUGAGACUGUUCUGGCUUUUGAGAAGGGCCCUGGGCAGCAGGAGGCUGGCACCCUCCUCGAGCGCCUCAAGCCUCAAGCAUCCAAACCAGAAUUGCACUUUGACCAUUCAACUUGUCUUUAAUGGAUGGAGACAAUGAGCACUAUCGUUGCUAGGCCCUGAUGUAUUGCAACAGGGAAGAAUCAGUCUCUGGUAGUAGGCCUUUGUAUACAGAUCAGGUCUUGUGGAAAAGCUUUUGUUGUUGUUGUUGUUGUUGUUGUUGUUGUUGUUGUUCAGGAGCAGUCUUUUGCAAUUGUGUGGUUUUCUUAGAACAGGCUGUGAGAGCUGACUCGGGAGUUUGAAAGCUAGGCCUUGGUGGCCUUGGAAAACCACUGGAAACUUUCUUCCAAAGGGAAAAAAAAUAAGACCAAAGUCUCAUGUCUUAACUGCACAAAAGUAACUGUGUUGAUACAGCAGGGAAAAGUGAUAGUGGCUAGCCAACCCUUGAAAAAUCCUGGGUAGGUUACAGACUAUCUCAUUUUUUUUAAAGAAACUCUUUGCUAUUUUUCGAAAGGAUGAAAAUCUGCUUCCUAUUUGUAUGUGGCAUGUUCUAUUCAGUUGUUUUUUUUUUAUAUACUUGGUGGACCAAACAAAAUGUAGCACUGCCUAUUAUGCUUAUUGAAGCUUUCAAAAUAAGUAGAAAUUAAGUUAUGCAUGAAGGUUAUUCUUGAUGAAUUUGGCCAAGUCAUUUUAAUUCAUGAAUGAGAUGGGGACUGCUUUUUAAUUCAUUGAUGAAGGAUAAAUGGCAUGAUUUCCUAUCAUCAUCAAGAAGAAGAAGAAAUGGGCAGAAUUCCCUGAACUACUUUGGAGUAAGCCUUUUUAAAAUGGAAUUCCUCAUAGUUUCAGGAGAUCCUGCACUGAAGAACUUAUCUAUAAAUAUUACCUCAUGGCUGGAUUGAUUCAACCUGGUUACUGAAGUAAACAAUUUCUGGGUUUUCAUAAUAUGUUGAACCAGACACUAUGGGAUAAGAUUACUAGCUCACUAAACCACAAACAAACCAUAAUUGACAUGAAGGCCAACCAUACUUAGCAAUUUAUGCAAAUAUAGCCAUUGGAUCUUGAACUAAGUUGUUUAUGAAUAUUAUGUGAGCCAAGAAAUAGAAUUCAUUUAUCUCCCCCACACCUGUUCCUUUAAGGUUGUCUAGGUUGGAACCGUCUCUAACUCAACAUGCAUUUGCAAUAAUUGUUGUGCUGAUGUUUGAAACAAGGCUUGUUGUUUCAGCCUGGAUGCUUUGAGAUAAUCAGGUCUUGCUUUAACUUCUCUUAACUUGCCUGAUAACUUCUGACCAAAGAUUUUGAGGUAUGAACAGUUUAGGAUAAAGCCACUUGACAAUGGUUAGGUUCUUCAACUGUUUUUAAUUCAGAGAACCAACUUGACUCCUUUUGUUUUACAGCACUUUUUGCAGCUAGGAAAUCAAUAAAGCUAAAGAUGCUUCCGUAGAUCAGUUUUCUUCAACUUGGUACCAUCCAGGCAGGGGUGAGAUCCAGUAGGUUCUAACAGGUUCUGGAGAACCGGUAGCGGAAAUUUUGAGUAGUUCGGAGAACCAGCAAAUACCACCUCUGGCUGGCCCCAAAGUGGGGUGGGAAUGGAGAUUUUGCAAUAUCCUUCCCCUAGAGUAGGGUGGGAAUGGAGAUUUUGCAAUAUCCUUCCCCUGCCAAACCCACCAAGAACCCACAGAACUGGUAGGGAAAAAAAAUUGGAUUUCACCCCUGCAUCCAGGCAUGUGGGACUUCCCUUUUUGAUGGAGUCAGCAUGGCUAAUUUAUUUGGAGACUAUAAAGUUGGCAAAGUUGAUACAGAGUUUAAUUCACCAAAUAGAUCUUUUGAUGAAAUUGUCUCCACUCUAGUAUUAUGAAGCUGUCUCUUCUUCUGAAGCCUUAAUCUAGAGGGAUCACUUACUAUGCUUGUCUUAUGGACGUUUAUGAACUAUGAUUUUAACUUCACGGAAGUAUAUUUGCCUAACAGAUUGCCCCAAUAUGAAAUUGCCCGCAUAAGACAGGAAGAUAAUUGGGGUUAUUAAACAGCUGUGAUGUCCUGGUCAAUUACACAAAAGGUCUCUUGGAUCAGGCACACCUGAAGCUAUAGAGCAUUUAUUUUGCCCAAAGUAUCCUUUGUAUAAAGUCCCUGUAUUAAACUGUGCCAAAGAAUUACAGUGGUUCCUGCAACCAAUCCAGUGCCUUAUGCGGAAAAUGGAAGUUUGGCUCCAUUGGCCUCUCUAGGGCCUUUGGUGCAGCCCUCUAUGAAUACAGCCAGCUUCCCCUUGAGCCUGCCUUUCUUUCUUACGUUGUAACAGCUGCUUAUUCUUCAGAGUCCUCUGUUCCGUGGUUGCUAGGUCUGCUAGGAACAUCAGGGACAUGGGUUGUACUCUUAUCCAGGAAGUAGAGAACUUCUGAACUCCUCAGCAGUUUCAGUCCCAUCGAGAUUGCUGAGAAGGGAGGCUUCAUGGUCAAGUGCAGAGAGGUAGAUAUAGUUGUCUAGAUAUGGCCCUCAUCCAUCUCCUGAAUGCAGCUCUCAGGGCCACAAUGCCAGAAAAAAGGUGUUAGGUUUAGCAUGCUUGAUAAGAUUUCUGCUUACGGAUCUGAAUUUUGCUCUUAAGGCCUGUGGUUUAGGAGAUGGCUUUGAAUUUCAAGGGAAAUCAAUGGCUGUGCCAAGUGCAUGGUUUGCAUCAGUGAAAAUUCUAGUUUUAGAGUGAUCUCAAGACGGCUGGGAGAAGUCACUUUUUUCCUGUGAUAUACCUGGAGAGCUGCUGCAAAAACUGUGCUGCUGGAUGAUAGGCCAAUGGUCUGACUUUAUGAUACUUGUCUGCAUAGGGAAAGCCACUUAGUGGGAGGCACAGGACUGUAGCCUUAGCGUGAUAUUCAGACUCCCCACCCCAGGUUUAGAACAGGGCACUACAAAGGUGAAUGGAUCAUAUAGUGUUGGCACUUUAUGGAAUAGAACUCUUGAUCCUUCCUCCCUUCCUCUCCUUCCUGUUAAGACUUCCUCAUUCCAUUCCUUCCGUGACAGUAUAUGGAAAAGGGGUGGUGCCUUUUAUUUCUGGCCCCUUAAUAUAAAAAUUCAUUUGAGCAAACUCUUCUAACAUUAAACACAGUAUUCAAAAUUCUAGUAUUGUUUGCCGGUGGGGAGGGGGGAAUUAACAAUAUCUCCCACCAGCCACAUACGAAUCGACCAUCUCUGCUUCGGGGUUCAGGUGGGGCAGGGAGAAGGUUAUGCUACGUUAUAAAUCUCUUUGGCUUCUCUCAAUCAAAGAUGUCAUCUGCCUCUUAAACCUGGCAAAUUGUAACUAGCAUCACUAUUGAUAAAAUAUCCUUACCUCUUCAUCCACUACCGUGUUUAUACAUAUGAAAACCACUGGCUUAGGGACACCUCCACUGAAAUCAGUCACACUUACUUGCUUAAAGAAGGGGGCAUGUAUCCAAGCCCCUAAAGUGAUGAUUAUCCUUUGAUUAAUGUGUAACUCUAUCCCUGGCCCCUCUGGUUCUCUUCUGUGUGUGUCUUUGUUGCAAAGAGGAAAAUAAACAUGCCAAGGGAACUAGCUAUCCCAUUUCCACCUGUUCUUGUUGAUGUGAUAAAUUCAGAAUGGAUAGCUCCUUGUCCGAACUUUAGUAGUUUCUAUGUAGUUGUAUCCCUGCUCCACUAAGCAAACUACAUUGAGACUUGGCUUACUGGUUAAAAACACAGAAUGCUGUUCCCAGUUGUCAUCAAGAUGUUUCAUUUUGUGCUUCAAGAGUUCAUGGCUCUAUAUUUAUAAUCACUUAAUCAAGCCUUGUAACUAAUAAAAUGUUGUCUCAGAUGCCCACAUUCCAUCCAAGACCAGGCAAUGAAAAGAAUUGAAGUACAAACAGCUGUAUGUACCGUAUGUGAUUGAGACAGGGCAAUAGCGUACAGGAAUGACUUGAGAAGAGUAAGUUAAAACAAUGGCGAGAUAGUGGGGAACCACAAUUAGGCAAGCUUCUGAAUGUGUGCCAAAAACACUGAACUUGAACGAUUGCUGGGUAAUGUCUUGGUAAAGGCCAGAAAGUGAGUAAUGCAACCCUCAAGCUUAAGAAAGGUUCUCUUACUCGAGCCCUUGGAUAAAGGGCAGGAGCAAAUUGCAAGUAGCAUUGUAAAAGUUUGGGGGGAGGGGGGUCAGCAUUAUCUCUAGGUAACUCCUAUAAAGACUGUUGUUUUAGCAUAGCACCCAAGGCAGAAUUAUCAGGCUCAUAACAUCAUCAUCUAGGCAGCUAAUUUGAUUCAGGGUUUGUUCAAUCUUGUUUAUUCUCUUAACUACUUAGCUUGCAAAGAGACCCAGAAAUCAAGGAUUCUUUUCUAUCUUGAUGUUCGAUACCAUCGGGCAUAUUUGUAGGCUGCUUUCACAUAUUCACUUGGAGAUAAAGGACCCUGAACACAAUGAUGUCAAUUCUGAAGCUGCCUGGCCUAGAACUGCAUGGUGAAUGCUAAUAUAACACAUCAUCUCAAAUGUUGAUGGCUUAAAGCUAUACAUUUGUGGCAUGAACUCACACACAUUGGUCAUGAAAAGCAUGCAUAUGCUUUUUCUUUCAUGACCAACAUGUCUUAACUGUAAUAGCACCAUGGCUUAUUCCUUACAGAAUGACAGCAGGAACCUUAUGUUGUUUCUAUAUCCAAGGGGCUCAGGAUAGUGUCCUGUAUGUAUGCAAUUAUCGGAGACACCCAGCAGGGCAACUUAUGCCUUUUUUCCUGUGCUUCCAAGACACAUCUGGAUGGCUGCACUUAGCAACAAGAUGAUGAAUGCCUCCCUGGGAAGGUCAGCACACAUUGGUCCUCUUCAGAGAGCAUUGGCAUUGUGCAAACAAUCAAUAAAAGCAAUGCAUGCACAAUUGUCCUGAGGACAUGUAGUGGCUAGUUUGCUUUUCGUCUGGCACAAGGGCCAGACAUCAAACCUUCCUGCUGCAGUACAGCCAAAGGACAAAAGACAUUCUGCCAUUCAGAAUGUUUGCCUUUUCCAGGAUGGGAACUUAAGAUCCAGCUCGUAAAAUGAAAACACUCAUGAAAAAUUUCAAAUGUGAAAGCACCCUUAGAAAUAAGAAUGAAUUUGACACUUAUUUCAAUGCUAUAUAGAAAACCAAGGGAGAAAGUUAGGGUUGUAGCCACUUCGAUUUCUGAAGCAAACACUAAUAUUGUCCUCCAAUAUACCAAAUGGGACCAAUUCUCCACUCUGCUUUCUCUCAAGAGGUUUCUGACUCUGUUCAUGGCAAUGCUAAUUCCCAAGCAGGCAGAGUAUUUUUGGUGUUACUUCUGGACAGUUUACAGCAUAAUCACUUCAGCAUAGUCCUCCUGUGUAGCUAGAUGUAACUUUUUUGUACAUGUGAAAAUUAUUAUUGAUUAUACUGUAAGCCAAUGCCUUCCUUCCUCUUGAACUGUACAGAAUUUCUACUAAUGGGAGAAGGGGGGAAAAAUAAAACAGAACCAAAGGCUA